GCCGCAGGGAGGGAGCCGGGCGAGCCAAGAUGGCGGACGGGGUGCUGAGCCCCGGGGUGAACCUGGAGGCCUUCUCCCAAGCCAUCGCCGCCAUCCAGGCGCUGCGUUCCAGCGUGACGCGGGUCUUCGACUGCCUGAAGGAUGGGAUGCGGAACAAAGAGACCUUGGAAGGCCGAGAGAAGGGCUUCGUGGCCGCCUUCCAAGAGAGCCUGCACUCCGUCAGCCGGGACUUGGGUGAGCUGGAGCGUCUGAGCAAUCUGGUUGGUAAACCAUCUGAGAACCAUCCCUUGCACAACAGCGGGCUGCUGAGCCUGGAUCCUGUUCAGGACAAAACGCCUCUUUACAGCCAACUUCUUCAAGCCUACAAAUGGUCAAAUAAGCUGCAGUACCAUGCCGGGCUAGCAUCUGGCCUUUUGAAUCAGCAGUCUUUGAAACGCUCGGCCAACCAGAUGGGAGUAUCUGCGAAACGCCGGCCGAAAGCCCAGCCGACAACUCUCGUCUUACCUCCUCAGUACGUCGAUGACGUGAUCAAUCGCAUUGACAGGAUGUUUCCUGAGAUGUCUAUCCAGCUCUCCCGGCCCAAUGGGACCUCUGCAAUGCUGCUGGUUACCUUAGGAAAAGUGUUAAAAGUGAUAGUGGUGAUGCGGAGCCUCUUCAUUGACCGGACGAUAGUAAAAGGAUACAAUGAAAACGUCUAUACUGACGAUGGCAAGCUUGACAUAUGGUCCAAAUCCAACUAUCAGGUGUUUCAGAAGGUGACGGAUCACGCAACCACUGCCCUGCUGCACUACCAGCUGCCUCAGAUGCCUGACGUGGUAGUCAGAUCUUUCAUGACCUGGUUAAGAAGUUACAUAAAGCUGUUCCAGGCUCCGUGCCAGCGCUGCGGAAAGUUUCUGCAGGAUGGCCUGCCGCCCACCUGGAGGGAUUUCCGGACACUUGAAGCUUUCCAUGACACUUGCAGGCAGUAGCAGCACAGCCCAGCAGGCACUGCGCUUUCAGGCAGCGCGGAGUCUUGAGAGCACUGGUGGAGAAUCGAUGGAGACGGCGUUUGUGGAGGACCUUCGUCUUGAAGCUGCCAGUUCUGCUGCACCCAGAUUUGUGAGCUGCAAAGAUGAGCAAAAAAAAAAAACCCCCAAGGAGCUGUGCUGCCUGCUGAGGCCUCACCCACAGCGCCAGGACCCCUUGUUCUGCCCCUGGGCUCUGCAGGGAACCCAUCUCUCCUUGCCCCAAGCCGUGAGGUGGCCCCGCGUGCUCUCACUGGGACAAGAGCUGUGAGGUUCAGUGGCUGCUGAGCAUAAACUUUGCACAUUCCUAUUGCCCUCUGCCUGUGUGGCCUUAUUACAGAGGCAUGCUGUAGAUUUACUUCAAAUACAUGCAACAGGGUGACAGAUCAGCCUCGAGCUGCCUUCAGUGCAGGUUUUAGCAGUGAGUUUAGCACCUUAAUCCAUUUCCUGGGCUUCUCCCCCCUCCUCCCCCCCUGAACUUAGUACAGGACCUGCUUUCUUGCUUGGGGUUGAGCCAAGCAGGCGGCGUAGGAGCCUCAAAUUCCCCCAGUUUAUCACUAAUGCACUACAGCAGGGCAGGGCUUUAGCUCUUCAUCUCACCUGGUGUCCUUCAGAGGAGAUGUUCUGCGCACAAAUGGGAGAGCAGCUGCUCUGCUGGGUUCCCUGCGCCUGGCUGUGGUACAGGCUCAGAAGCAGCCUUGUGUGGAUGGGGUCGGCAGCACCCCUGAAACACGGCUGCCUUCGAGCACUUGGAAUUGUUUUCCAGCUUGCUUUGAGGAGCUCAGAAACUGGUUUGAAUCACAGCUAAUUAGUUCCUAUCAGGAUGUGCACGUGUUGUGAAGUUGUGAGAGAUCUUGAGGUCAUCUUUUCUUCUUCCCUUUUCAAAUCAGAUGAUCGGAACAAACAAAGGCGCCAGGUUUCCUUCUUGUUAAUGUGGGGAAGCUCUGCAGGGAGUUCAGGGGGAUUCCUUUGCAGCACCCAGUAUCUUUUGUUGUACAGUUUGGCUUUUCUGUGUGUCCGUAAAGCUCAUCACAUACUAUUGUUUUUCUCUGAUGAAAGAAGAGGAAAAAGCUGUAGUGUGGCACAUGAGAUGGUCAGGGUCGCACACUGAGAACGUGCUGCUGAGAAUCACUGAACUGUUAAGGUUGGGAAGGAGCGCUCAGAUCCCCAACCCACCACCCAUGGGCACAUCCCUCAGUGCCACAUCAGUGCCAUGGAAGAUGUUCUUCCCACCAAGCAGACCCUUUGGAGCCAACAACCACGGCAAAUGGCAACACGGUUAGAUCCUCACAUUUAAAAUUUGUCUGCUGCAGAGAAACGCAGGGAAAGUAAACCAUGAGUAUUUAACAGGACACGCCAAAGAGGAGAGCUGUGAAGUUCUGCAGAUCCCCUUUGUUGUCAUGGUUUGGUCCCUGUCGUUACGGACACGUGUGAAAUGAGAAGUGCAAACUCCGGAGGUAGGAGAGUGCAGAAGCUGUGUUCAAACCUCAGUGAGAAUAUUAGCAUUUAUUUUUAAUCUGAGAACAUUUAUAAAAGGUUUUCUUAAGGAUGAGGGGAAGGGAGGUGAUUCAACACUGUAUUAAAAACAAAAUGUGUGCCUUUUCCUAGUGAGAUCCACAUGAGAAGAGUGGGACCACGAGGGUUCCCAAAGCCGGGGCCGUGCCUGGUGUGUUCUGUAACCACACAGUGCUGGGAUUUAUGGGACGUGGAAAACUGGAUUUCUUUAAAAUGUAAAUGUUGAGAAGGGUUGUAUUUUAUCAUUCAUCCCUGAGGUAGUGCAGGUUUUAUAAAACCCUUUGUAAUCUUGGGUUGAUUGAUGUGGAUGGGAGUUUUCCAUUCGGUGGAUGUUGGACAGGUCCCAGGGCGCAGCGCAGCAGCCGUCCCUGCAGGGAAUGCUGUCACCCCCCGUGAGGUGAUGCUCUUGGACAAGAGGAGCUGUGUUCUCAGGCUGAGUAAAACAAAGGUAGGCAGCUGUGAGCCCCUGACGCAGCGAGAGGUGAGAGAUGGCUCCAGGCAAAGAGUUGAUGUCCCACUGCUGGCCGGAGAGCACCUCCAAGGACGUCACCGGCGUCCUCUGCCCAUGUGCUGUGCUGAGCUGUGUGCUCCUGAGAGAUGGAGAUGUGGGGGAUGGCACAGGGACACGGGAUAUGGCAUGGAAACCUCGGGGCGGGGACGCUGGGGACAGCAGUCAGAACACUGGAGAUGAUGUGGGAGCACUGGGGAUGGAGAUGCUGAGGAUGGCGCUGACGCUACAGCAUGGGGACGUGGUGUGUGGUAUGGAGACCUUGGGGACAGCGCAGGGACACUGGGUAUGGCAUGGGGACUCUGGAUGGCACAAAGACACUGAGGGCAGCACGGGGA